AAAAAAAUGCUUGAAGAAACUUUGAAAGGGAAAGGUUCUAUAUAUCAAUUCCAAUUAUUUAUUAUUGAUUGUUAUCGAGAACAAUUAGAAAAAGCAAAGGAUAUGAAAUAUGUUAUUAUGGAAAGAAGCCCAGCUGAUUCCAUUAAUAUUUUUGCAACAGAGUCUUAUCUUCAAGGUAAAAUCACUGAAGAAGAAUUUAAUGAUUUGAAAAUAAAAACAGAAGAAUUAUAUCAAAGUUAUAACAUCCCAAAAUAUCAUGAAUGUAUUUUUACUAAGAUAGAUAGUUGUAAAUAUUCCAUUGAUGGAGUAUUUCAAAUUGUUAAACAACAAACAUUACAAUGUUGGAAACGAUCAGAAAGUGCAUUAUUCUUACUAUUUUGUAGUGAUCCAUUAAUGCAAAAAGAAAAUAUUGAAAAAAGAGGAAGACCUGAAGAAAAAGAUUAUGAUAUUAAUUAUAUGAUUAGAAUUAAUAAUGAAUAUGAAAAGUUAUUUGCUAAUUUUGCUUAA